CAGUUCUCCCCUUCCCACGCAAUCGAAAGGAGUGCCUGGAAAGCUCAAGCAGAAAGCUCAGCCUCUUCACAUCAGCUCCACAGUGUGCCGUUAACUGGGAUUAAGAAAGUCAACUAAUGCUUCACAGCACCAGGAUUUCAACAGCACGGAGCCUCCCGAGGCGGAGAACCACGACGGCAAAUUCAGCAAGAUCUCAAAGCAGCUACUGCCUCUCCCCACAGAUGGCAUUUAAGCCUGGAUUUUUGUGCAUCCCCCUUCUGAAAAUCAACUGGGAAUCCAUCAUGCCUUCCCUUCCCGGACAGUGAGCGCUGCCAGCCAAAGCCUUGGCUCCUCUCUGCCCGGCUGCCGGCACCGGAGCUGCGUUAGGGACAGCCUUUCCCAUGCAGGUGCAGUGGGGGUCCCGGCAGGGUCCCGGAGCUCCCAGCCCAUCCCAGCCAACCAGCAGAUGAUCCAGCACAUUGGCCCAAAAGCGGUGCGUCGGGGGAAGGAGGGCCAGGACACGAGGUACCGGUAUCAUUUUUGAUUAAUAUUUGUGGAUGAAUGCUGUAACAAUGAGCCAAGAAGAUUUGAAAGAAAGUCACUGAGCCAUGCAAGUGAAUUAAUUUGCUUUUAGAGAAAAUGUGGCUGGUUUUCAGCUUUUUACAAGCAGGAACAUUCUUUCGUUCCUAUGCCAAAGACUGACUGCAUUUGCCCUCCUGCUUUACUUCUGCCGUGGAGCAAAUUUAAGCAAGAACAUGUAUAGUGAAUUGCUAAAUUCAACCAGUGCCACUGAAGCUCACUUAAUCAUUCAGACCAACACACCCUACCUGAGCGGCACACCGAGACCCGUGAGCUCCUCUGCUUUUUACAUGUCGACAGCCAGGGUGUUAAAAGAAGGGGAAAUAAAUAAGCCAGACCUGGUGACUUACAUCAUUCUCUUUUUCUUUCUGCUUUUGACUGUGACACUCAUUGUGCUCUUCAUAAACUGCCAGCUGAAAAAUUCUUUUUUUGCCACUCUUCCUUACGACAGAUCGCUCAGAGAAGCGAGGAGCCCGUGGAGGACACAGGCUGUGUGACACUCGAGAGCAGGGAUGUGUUACAGCAGCAGCAGGCAACGAGCAACCCUGUGCAAUAAGGCAUUCUUGCCCCGUGUCAGUGGAUGGAAGAGCCCCUGUUUCGAGUAACGGGGCUGCACCGCAGGGAAAGAGUGCUGAAAAAUAUGCUGUAUGCGAAUCAGAAUAGCUGUAAAUAAAAAGCCCUGUUGUGAACUAAAGAGAGAACGCUUUAGCAAAUUUAUACAGUUUUGUGCAACCAAAAAAAAAUCGCCCCCUGAUUCUAGAUGAAGCUCUAUGUGUAUGCAAAUGUCAUCAUCCACCCAUUCAGUGUCCGUACAAGGAUAUUUGCAUUAACAGCCUCUGAUUUGGGCAUCUGGUGGAGCUUGUUAUCCAUGUUUAUGAAACCAUAGCAUCAAAGGUUAAAAAAAAAAAACCCCACAGUGCAUUUACCUAACGGCUCCACGCGGAGGAGAUGAGUUUACUUCCCAGACCCAUUUCUCUCAGCUGCUUCUGAAGCUGUGCGGUAAUGCCGUGGGAGUCCUGCAAGGCGGGGGCAGGAGGGGAACAAAACUGUUUAUUUUGACUUCUGAUUGUGAUUUUCUUAAGGGUGUCUUUGAUUACUGUGUCGUCAAUCGGGUUUUAAGUUACGUUGAAAGACUAAAUACCCAAGAAACCUGUGUUUAACUUUCUUAAGCUACAAGGGAAAUCAUUUGCCAAGGCAUGAAACCAAAAUAGUCAGGAUGGGGAGAAGGAAGGAGAGAAAAUAAAUAUCAUUAAUGGUAGGUAAACUAAUGAGGGGAGAGCAGAGUGGUUCAAGUUCAGUACACAAAGUAGAUAACUUCUGAAAGCCAUAAACCACAGUUUUAUAGCAAUAGCUGCUUUAAUGCACAAUAUCCCCCCUCCUUGGCUCCCUAUAUAAAUCUAGCACAAUCGGCAGUACGCUUUAUCGAUGUGGCAAUAGCUCGAUACAAUAUCGGUCACUGGCAAACCCCAACAUUUUAAAUUACGAGCUAUCCAAUUUCAUUCAAAAGGCUUCUGCUUAACCUUGUCGGCUGAUGUGCUAUUUUAAAAAUGCUGAUUUUUAAUAAACUUGCCAUAACAGUACAAUUCCAGAUCAAACCACACAAAACCCUAACUGCAUUUCUGUAUCCCACAAA